GACCGGCUGGCGGGGCGGAGCGAUGAUGGCACCGCCGGUCGGUUGUGCGCGGGCGCGGAACGGCGACGGGGCAAGGGAGAGCGGCCGCCGCUGGCUCCCAAAGGGCUCCAGGACCUGCUGAGCCAUCCCUUGGCCUUGCUGGAGACACGGAGUGGGGUGUUGAGUGCAGAGGCCAUGAAGAUUAACCAGAACACUGUGUUGCAAGGAAAGAGGGCAACCCUGGUGCCAUACACCUCUGCACAUGUGCCCCGGUACCACGAGUGGAUGCAGUCAGAGGAGCUGCAGCGCCUGACAGCCUCUGAACCCCUCAGCCUGGAGCAGGAGUAUGAGAUGCAGUGCAGCUGGAGGGACGACGCAGACAAAUGUACCUUCAUUGUGCUGGACACGGAGCGGUGGCCCGGGCAGGCGGAUGAGGACUGCAUGGUGGGGGAUGUGAACCUCUUCCUCACUGACCCUGAGGAUCCAGCUUUGGCUGAGAUUGAAAUUAUGAUUGCAGAGCCCAGCUACCGAGGCAGAGGAUUUGGCAAGGAGGCAACUCUGAUGAUGAUGUCCUAUGGAGUGAGAAAGCUGGGGAUCACCAAAUUUGAGGCUAAGAUUGGUCAGGAGAAUGAAGCCAGCAUCUGCAUGUUCAAAAAACUUCAUUUUAAAGAGGUUGCUGUGAACAGCGUUUUCCAGGAGGUGACACUGAGGCUGGAGGUCAGUGACCAGGAAAGACGAUGGCUCCUGGAACAGACAAACCACGUGAAGGAGAAGAACUACGUUGAACUGAAGCUGCCAGCUGAGGUGCUGGAGACCUGACGGACACAUCCAGACCCUGGCCUUGUUUCCAGGGAGGAGCUGGAUGCUGUUGUGAGCUCUGGGUGUGGAGGACACCAGUAAGCCAGCACUGAGCUUCACUGUUUUCAUGUCUCUUUGGUUACUCUGUCAUCUUGUCAACUUUGCACCUUGUUAAACCAGCUGGGAUUACUGCCUGAAAUUGGAACCUGGAGAACAGCCACUAAUUCACAGGCUUGCCUAGCAAUGACUCUAACCUCAACAUGCUGUUCCGGCACAGCCUAAGAUCACCAGCAGUUAAUUGAUUUCUGGUGCCACCAGUUUCUGGGCAAGCAGCACCUGCUGUUCCUUUUCCGCUGCCCUUGGAGCAGGAUUCACCAGUUCAACACAGGCAGGCUCAGUAUGCUCUAGCUCAGUCAGUUUUCUCUUGAAUUAAAGAAAUGACAAAGACCUGAGGUGCAGUGGGGCUGGUCUGCUUGCUUUGGCUGCUGUUAAAGGACAGCAGAGACUCUUUGAACCCCAUUUUCUGGGGAGCAGGGGGCACUGCAGGGUCCUGGAGGUGGUCCUGAAGGUGUGUGUGUGAGCCACAGGUGGUCCUGAAGGUGUGAGCCAAACCAAAGGGCAAGUUAAUAUGAUGAAAACUAUUGAUAUCAGCCAACUGAGACUAGAGCAGAGCCCUGGAGGAUCAAUCCCUGCAAACAGGGGCACUGGCAGCUACAGGACCGGGGAGCCUGAGUUCAUCAGUGAAGAGACACUGUUUGACCAGGCUGCUUUUAUGAAAGCAAGGAGGAGGAGAACACAGCUCAAAGGACAAGGAAUAGUGAUCCCCUUCUUCCAGGAGCUCAGGACUUUCCCUGCUGAGCCUGGAGGGUCCGUUUGCUGCUCUCCAGUAAGAUGAAUGGGGGGAAAAUCUCUCUUGCUGGGGGCAGAUCUCUUUGAAGCGGGAGCUCGCCAGGUUCCGCUGUGGUGUAGCCGAGAUCCGUGGUUGAAGAGGAGGCACUUGCCUGACUCCCCCUGGACAGAGCUUUUAAUGCAGUUAUUUAGCCUGACCCUUCCUGCCCUGCACAGCAUGUUCUCCACAGCAGGGAAGCUUGCUAAGAGCAGAGGACAGAAGGUAAGGAGGAUAACUGACGCUCCUGUGCGUUUUCCCACUGGAAUAGCAACCGUAACGGCUAAUUCUAGACCUGAAAUUAUUUGUUCCAAUUACACAGUAUCAGGUAACAGCUUCCAGAUUUGCCCAGGGAUGUUUUUUAUCAGACUGGGGAAUUUUUAGUGUUGCUGUGCGUGUAUUUUUAGGGCCUGGGGGGAUUUAGUUCUCCAAUUUUAGUUAAACACAUCUUUCCUGUGACUAAUAUUAAAGCCAAGCGUGGGAACAGCAUAUCCUGCUCUUUUAAACAACAA